UCAAGAAGAAGAAGAAGAAGAAGGAGAAUAUGGAAGACACAACUUCAACAAGACGAAGUUCUGGAGUUGGUGAUCAUGAUGUUUGUAAUCCAUGCAGUUUUCUAAGGAAAGCUGUAAGUGCCAUGCUAAAGUGCUUAGGUUUUGAUGAAGCAAAACCAUAUGUUGAUGAUCAUGGUAACAAAUCUUCAUCAUGCUCCAAGGAGAAGGAUGAGGAAAAGUUUAACAAUGAACGAAACGAUUGCAGUGGUCAAGAUGACCAGUCCUCCUACUCACCUCUAGAUCCACCUUCAUCAAUGGAUCCAGCAGAUGAUCCCCCCAUGGAGGAUUUAGCAGGGCGUGGAAGAACUCCUCCGAGGCCAGGAAUUCGCACAGGAAAUCCUCAAACCAACUCCAGUUUCUCGUGAUUAAUAUUUCACCAGUUUGCUCUUUGAUUUGCAUGCGUCAGUGUACAUAUAUAAUCAAACAUAUAAUCUAUGUGUUUGUGGCUGAAUAUUUUUCCCCGGUUUUUGUAACUCUUUGGCUUGACAGAGAUUACUAGAAUAAGUUUCAUAUUUUAGUUGUAAAUUAUGCGUACUGAUUAUUGCUACUUGUGUGUUUAAUGGCUGAUAGACA